GAAGCCUACAGACUCUUCUCAGGUCUCUGCGUCGUUGCGGCGCCGACGGCGACGGCGGCCUUUGGUGGAUCCGCCUCCCGCCUCUCCGACCGUGUUUUGGGUUUAGCUCUCGUAGCGUUCUCAGUUUUUCGUCCGCCGAUCGGUGAUAAGGAAUGAUGAAUUCCCAGCUCAACGUCCUUGGCUGUAGAGCAGGUUUGGUUUUCGCUCAGAAUCUAAAGCUCACACAGCUCGCGAGAUCUGGAAGGAUCGAGGAAGCCAUCGCGUUAUUCCAUGGCAUGAUUACUCGCAAUACGGUGACCUAUAAUUCAAUGAUCUCGGCAUACGCCAAGAACGGCUAUGUCGUCGACGCAAGAAUCCUGUUCGAUCAAAUGCCUCGCAGAAAUUUGGUUUCUUGGAACACUAUGGUUGCUGGCUACUUGCACAAUGAUUGUUUCUCUGAAGCAGCUGAGUUGUUUGAAAGAAUGCCCAGGAAAGAUUCCUACUCGUGGACAUUGAUAAUUACUUGUUGCACUCGUAAUGGCGAACUGGACAAGGCAAGAUUUUUAUUUGAUCGAAUGCCUGUCGAGAAGAGUUCGGCGUGCUACAAUGCAAUGAUAUCUGGAUAUGCUAAGGGAAGACGAUACAAAGAUGCCAUUGAGCUGCUAUAUUCGAUGCCGAAUAAGGAUUUUGUUUCCUGGAACUCUGUUCUCUCUGGCUACAUACACAAUGGGGAUAUGGUGAUGGGCUUGAAGUUUUUCCAUCAGAUGCCGGAACGAGAUGUGGUGUCUUGGAAUUUGGUUGUUGAAGGUCUUGUUAAGGCUGGUGAUUUGGUUACAGCAUCCGAGUUCUUUAAGAGAAUAACAAGUCCAAAUGUAGUCUCUUGGGUGACAUUGCUCAAUGGAUAUUGCAAGAAAGGCUGCAUUGUUGAGGCCCGCGAGAUCUUUGACAAAAUGCCCAAGAAGAAUGUGGUUUCUUGGAAUGCUAUGAUUGCGGGAUAUGUUCAGCAUUUACAAGUCGAAGAGGCUCAUCGUUUGUUCACUGAGAUGCCCGAGAGGAAUGCAGUAUCCUGGACGACAAUGAUUAGUGGUUAUGUUCGAAUUGGGAGGCUUAAUGAAGCAAGAAACUUGCUCGAUAUGAUGCCGAUUAAAAAUGUCGCAGCUCAAACUGCAAUGAUUAAUGGGUAUGUGCAGAGCAUGAGGAUGAAUGAGGCACAUCAAGUUUUCAGGGAAAUCAGUGUGAGAGAUUCUGUUUGUUGGAAUACGAUGAUCUCUGGUUAUGUUCAAUGUUCAAGAAUGGAUGAAGCUUUGAAGAUGUUUAUGAACAUGCCAAAGAAGGAUAUCGUCUCUUGGAAUACAAUGAUAGCUGGUUAUGCUCAGGAUGGUCAAAUGGAUAAAGCAAUUGACUUGUUCCAUCAAAUGCCCAAGAAAAACACAGUUUCUUGGAAUUCUGUGAUCUCCGGGUUCAACCAAAAUGGUCUUUUUAUAGAGGCAAUCCGGCACUUCUGGCUGAUGAGAAAAUUAGGAUGCGAUCCUGAUUGGUCUACAUUUGCUUCUGCCCUUAGUGGCUGCGCUAACCUAGCAGCUUUGCUGGUCGGUAUGCAACUACACUCUCUUCUUCUCAAGAGUGGACAUGAUAAUGACUUUUUUGCCGGUAAUGCAUUGAUAACCAUGUACGCGAGGUGUGGAAGGAUCUCAGCAGCUCAACAAGUCUUUGAUGAAAUGAUAUCUGUGGAUCUUGUUUCAUGGAAUUCCUUGAUUGCAGGUUAUGCCUCAAAUGGUUCUGGAGGAACCGUAAUUUCAAUCUUUCAAGAAAUGACCCACAAAGGAGUUGCUCCUGAUGAGGUCACAUUUGUCGGUGUCUUAUCGGCAUGUAGUCAUGCAGGAAUGGUCGAUGAAGGAUUGAAAUUCUUUUACUCCAUGAGUAAAGAUUACUCGAUUACACCGGUGGCUGAGCAUUAUGCUUGCAUGGUUGAUCUUCUUGGAAGAGCUGGGAGGUUAGCAGAAGCAGUGAAGCUGGUUAUGACAAUGCCAAUACGGUCCAGUGCUGGUAUAUGGGGUGCCUUGCUUAGUGCGUGCCGUUUGCACAAGAAUCCAGAACUCGCGAAUUUAGCCGCGAAUAAAUUGUUUGAAUUCGAACCUCAUACAACUUCAAAUUACGUUCUUUUGUCGAACAUACAUGCUGAGGCUGGUAGAUGGAAUGAAGUUGAGAGGGUGAGGGUUUUGAUGAAGCAAAGAGGAGUCCACAAGCAGACUGCACACAGCUGGAUUGAAAUUAAGAAUGAAGUCUGUGUUUUCUCUUCUGAUGAUUCGGGACAGCCAGUGUCGGCGGAAGUUUUCACGGUUCUUUCCGCACUUAGUUCUCAAAUGAGAAACAUAGGGCACAAAUCUAAUUAUCCUUUAGUAGGUUGUGGAUAGAAAUUGGACUGCAUAACUUUAAUACACAUCUCUUCAGAAGCCUUGAAAAAGUUCUAUCUGAUACAACUCAUCUUUGGGUAUCAUUGGGACCUUCAGGUCGGUAUGUUAACAUUCUUGGCAAAUUUGCAAUGCGCGGAAGAGUUCUUGCUAUGUCGAUAAGUCCAGUGAUGUCAAGCAUUUGUUUGAUGCCGAAUCGGCUACCGAUGAUCCAUCAACAUUAACAGAAAAGUGUGCCGGCAAGCCGGUAGGAAUUAUAUGAUAAGUGCUGACAUUGGCUAUUUGAAAUGCAGAAUGGAAUGACGAAAGGAGAUGAGUCUUGUAGCUGAGGUGAGGGGUAGUUGUAGUUGGUUGGUUAUUAGGGUCUGUUUAUUUGGACGGAUAAAAGCUUAUAUAUGAACAGUGAAUUUAAGAGUGAGAAAAUGUAGCAGUGAAUUUAAAUCGUUUUAUAUUAUUUCUACAUUAUUCUAUUUAUUAAAUAUAAAACAGAAAAUAAUUACUUAUUUGUAUUUUUAAGAUGUAUUUGUAGAAUGAAUUAGUUUCAUUUCUGUUUAAUAAGAUUGGAAAAAUGCAGCUCAUUGCUCUUCUUUAUUUUCUUCCAAGUAAACAAGAAAGACCUGUCAUUUUUUUUUGGCUUUAUUUCCGUCAAAAUAAACACAGCAACUCGAAUUCCUUCAGUUUAUGGACGGAGCUACUUCUUUCUCUGUGAUCUACCGCUCGGAUCCAAAGCGCUAGGGUUUUGCUUCGACGGAGCCGACGAGCUGCUCGCCGUGGCCGACGACUACGAGGGCGGCUAGUGGAUUGGCGGAGAGUUUACAUUUACGGCGCCUUCGCUACGGAGCCAGCGAUUCUGACACCGAUGAAGGAGGGCGUCGCUCGCGGAAACGCCGGAAGGGCGACCUGAUCUCCAAGCCUGUCCAGUUCGUCUCCACCGGCACCGUCAUGCCUAGCCAGGAGAUCAAACGGGAUCCCCGAGAAGAAGGUGAUCGAUCCGCUGGCGUUCCCAACUCCGGCCAGGGAUUGGGAUAUGGACUAGGCUUUCAGUCUAGCGGAAAGGAGACCGAAGGUGUUGUGGAUGAGGACGAGGA